AUGGCGGUGAUAGGAACAGGAGUCGGCGGUAGUCCGAUAAAUUUCGUCACUCAAAACGUUUCCAGUGGUAGUGGUUCAUCAGAAGAGAGUGACGGUGCAAACGAUGUUGAAGUAGUCAAGUCCGGGUACCAAAUCGUGGACGUCUCUGGAGCGCAAGCUUGCGGGGGCGAGGGCUUCAAUUACUCGCGAUUUUGGGUCGGACCAAUACCCGACGGUAACACUACCAAGCUGAACUGCGUCCCCGGUUAUCGUUGCGAGGUGGAAGAAUCGAGUCCGAUCUUCUGGUGCAAACAGUACGCACUGCCACUGAACGGCAAGUGUGUGCAUCGAUGGUACGGCGUGUACCAUUGA